CCUCCAGGCAAUCCGCCCGAGAAAGUUCUCAGCUGAUCAAACUUGAAAGGCGUCUCCCAUGGUCAUGGCGAAAGUUCUGGAUGACUUAAGCGGUGAAAUUCUCUGUUAUUUACCGGUCAAGAGUCUCCUCCGAUUCCAGUGCAUAUCGAAAUCAUGGUAUUCCCUGAUACACUCUCCUCGCUUCAUCAAAUCUCAUCUUCAACAAUCCCCCAACACCAACUCGAAUUCCGUUCUUGUUGCUCUUGUCAAGAACACAAUCGGAGAUUUCGCCCAAUCCCAUCUCUGUGUUGCGGGAAUCGGCUCGCCUGAUAAGCUUUUGAAGAACAAUUCGGGUGUAGACAACAUCAAGGUACAUGGUUCAUGCAAUGGUUUGAUUUGUUUAUCGAUUCUUAAUCACUAUCUUGUUUUGUCAAACAUGUCAACUAAAGAUUUUCACAUCACCCCAAUCCCAAAUCCUGGGCCAAGGAGAAGUUCUAAAUUUCAUUAUGGGUUGGGGUACGAUUCUGUCAAUGAUGAUUAUAAGGUAGUCAUGAUUUUUCUUUCGAAUGAUUUGAAAGUAGCUUCCCCUUCUCCCAGUUGUUAUGCGAAAACAAGAAUAUACAGCCUGAGACACAACAUGUGGAGUGAAACUAAACGGAUUUGUAUUGGCCACCCGAGAAAACUUUGUAAUCAAGGUUUACCUGCUGAUGCUUCUGUAAAUGGAGUAUUUGCUCGUGGUGCUCUUCAUUGGAUGACACAGAGAAGACCAUUUCCUCUUGGUAAAAUAUCGUCCUCGAUUUCCAUCCUUGCGUUUGAUGUUGCAGCUGAAGCUGUUCAGGAGAUUCCAUUGCCUGAGUAUCUUCAAAAUAAAACAUUAAAAAAGGGAUUUGACAUCCAGGUGGGGGUGCUUGGAGGGUCACUGUGUCUGUCAAGCAAAGAUGGUAUUGAUGAUCACUAUUAUGAUAUAUGGGUCUUGAAAGAUUACAUGAUCCAAGAUUCUUGGACUAGACUGUUUCAGAUAUCAACAAGUAUGGUGACUGAAGAUUACAUGCUCCAGGAUUUUUGGACUAAACUGUUUCAGACCUCAGCAAGGGUGGACAGCAGGGUGACUGCUCUGAUUCCUGUAGGCUUAAGUGGCCAUGAACUUCUGUUAGGAAAGCCAUUGGGUGGAUUUUAUUGUUAUAAUCUGGAAAAGGAGGAAUUAAGGUAUGCUGGGACUUGUGGUCGUGGUUUCUACACAGCAGUUAUUUGUUUAGGAACCCUUGUUUCCAUAAGUGAUUACAAAGCUCUCUGGAGGGAAUCUACCAGACCAAGAAAAAGAAAAAGAUCAAGAAACAAAAUCAACCAUGGGGAGACAUUGUUAGAUGAUGCAUUAAGGUAUUUCUUUAGAUUUCAUGACAAGUUUAAUCACGUACAGUCUACAUGUUAGUUCUCUUAAAAUCAAUACUAGUUUUCCUUUGUAGUGGAAUUGACUGAUAGCCAAUUUUUAUCAUGGUUGACGUCAUCAACCAUCAUAAAAAUUUAGAACAUACUAUUUUGAACGUUCUCUCUUCAUGAUUGGUCUACUCAAUCAAAGCUUUGGUUGGAGGCUUGUGCUGCAGCUAAUUUAAACAUGCUAGGUAGAACCGUGUCGUAGGUUGGACUUUAUGAAGUGAUUUUGUAUAGAUUCUGUUGUGUAAUGCUUUAGUCGAUGAACUAGCUUAAUCCGUGUAGUCAAUUAAGGUCAGUAAAGUGGUGCCUGUUUUAGGCAGAAGGGGGAGACUUCUUGACCGUGCAUAUGUGUGAUAAGGCUAAAGCUGUCUGUGUUGUGGGGAGAGAAAACUGUAAUAGUUUUAUGUUGUUGGGUGAUGUUGUUUCCCUUGUAACAUGGAUUUGAGUAUCCCUUGUAUUCUAUAAAUUUAAAACAGUUUGGUAAAACAAAAAUUAUGAUGUUUG